AUGUAUCUUCAUACCGAGAUAGACUCGGCCACGAAGACAGCCACCGCCAAGCCCAAAAUCGAGAAGAAGCCACGAGUGCGGCCGUUGCCACCAGAUGUGAACUCUCGCAACCUGGCCAUUGAGAAGCGUCGGCGGCAAGACAUGAAUCGAACCUUUCUGGAUCUCGCCCGUUGCUUGCCCAAGCUGGCUUCUGCCAAGCGCCUCACCAAGAACAUGAUUGUGACGGAGAGUUUGCACUAUCAUCAACAACAACGUAGCAUGUGCAUUGCUGCGGGAAGGGAGUUGCGUGAGCUUCUCGCAGCGCAUCAAAAUCUGGUCGUUGAGCUCAACGCGAUGAGGUCCCAACUUGGAAUACAGCUCGGCAACGCACCGUGGGCUCCGUCCACGGCAUUACUUUCGCUCAUGGAUGUCGAAAACCAAGUAUAUGGGGAAUUUCCCGAUGGCUUCGGGAGUCCAGGCGAGACUGAAGGCCAGGAGCCGCGGUCGACAGGACCGCAGAGAAAUAUCGACGAGACUCUCUCCGAGCUACCUGUGACACUAGAUUCUGUGCACGCAGAGCCCGCUUCUGCACAGGACGGUAUACCCAUCGCCUAUCACAGAGCUGGAAACGUCGCCUCGACAUGUGAUUGGCAGAAUCAGGUCUCAGGAAAUAGCUUCACCUCGCCGAAUGUACAGGGUAAUCUCAUGGCGGGCGCAGAUUGGUGGUCAUUCAACGUCUCCGGACUGGACCCAAAUCUUCUCUGGGAGGACAUGUCAGCUCAAGCACUGUCAGCGGAAGAAUUUGAUCAAAAUGCAUUCACCAGCGAAGCAAAACUCGAGCCCGGCGGCGGCUUCCCUCCUGGUACUGCUAGUAUGAAGUUUCGAAGCCCCGCUGGCAAGUUCGAAUGGCGUGCCGAACGCAAAGGAUGGGAGCUGUAUGACAAGCGAGACGUCUUGCUUGCGAGGGGAAAGAUCCAUGGAACUGUGAACAAUCGGCCCAGCCAUUUGGAGGUCUUCGUAGGAGGGGACGACACGUUCAUGGAUCUGAUCCUUGCGUCUUGGGUUGCGAUGUAUCGCGGGCAGGAUAUCACCGAGGAGGAUGUGCAUGCUGCCAAGGAUGUGCUUGAGGUUUUGGGAGCAUUGGGUGGGAAUUGA